AUGCCAUUAUUAGAAUAUCUAAAUAUUUCAAGAGGUCUUCAAUUUGAUUCAGUAUCAUCUGCUGACAUAGGUCAUCUUCAUGGUCGUGUUAAUCAUCUAAAAUAUCUAAAUGUAUCUGAUUGUAUGGUUAAUACGGACAAUUUGAUGGAUGUCAUUGCAUAUAUGAUCAACUUGCGAAGUUUAACAGUCUCUGUAUAUGAAAAUUCCGAUAUAAUCGAUGCUUCUCGUUGGAAACACCUAAUCACAUCUUCAUUAUCACAUUUAACUGUGUUUCGAUUUAGAUUUGGUACUUUUGAUCGAAAUGAAAUAAUUAGAAAGUAUGAAGAUUUUCAAACGAAUUUUUGGAUCAAAGAACAUCAAUGGUAUACAGAAUGUUUAUUAGGAGACCAAAUUUUAUCACAAAUUUUCACAAUUCCUUAUCUAAAUGACACAAGACUGAUGGGAUUAAAAUAUGUUCGACACUUUAAUACACGAAUUGACGAUUCAAAGACGUUCGAUAAUGUUACAGAUUUACAUUUACCAGGCAAAGAACUGAUGACAUCAAGUGGCUUUUAUUUUCCUAAUAUCCGAUCGUUGGUUAUUCAUUCUUUACCUGUAUUUGCUAAUGAAAGUGAUGAACAAAUAUUCAUCAGAUCUCUGAAAAGAAUAAUGAAUUUGUCAAAUGUAAAACAUUUAGAAAUUCCAUUAUGUUCUCAAACAACAAGACCAACAAUUUUGUUAGAAAUUCUCAAAGAAGCACCAAACUUAUCAUCCCUCAAUAUUUACAACUGUGCUGUAGAUAUAUUGAAAACNUGA